AUGUUGCCUUCUGGGAUUGCCACCACCUCUCACAUUGUGUCACACGCUUCUUCCUCUAACAGCAACAAUAACUCCUCUUCCGCCACUACAACUUCGUCAGCAAACUCGGGCUCGCGAACCGGCCGACUACGCGGACUCUCGUACCUACGCUCCUACGCUCACGGCCACUCUCACUCCCACAACAACAACAACAACAACAACCACAACACUGGCAACCACAACACUGGCAACCACAACAACGGCAACGGCCAACCUGCAAACGCUACCAUCGUAACCACCACUACCACUACCACUACCAUCACUUCCUCCUCCUCCGCCUCCCCCUCCUUCGCAAACUCCUGGAAUCCAUCCUCCCCCCCGGCUUCUUCUCGUCCUCCGCGCCAACGCCGCGCCACUUCGCCUCUGAACAACACCGCCUUGAAUUCAUGGAUACCGACCGUUAGUGGUGUGAGCGGUCUAUCACGUGUCGUGUCGCUACCGGCUGCUGAACUUUCUACGCCAACCGUGCAUGCUACAAACGUCCCACCCCCUCCAAACGACGGCUCCGACCCCAGCUCCGCCGUCCGUUCGAUCGACCAGACCAUAUCUUCCCACGGCCCCUCCUUUUCGUCGCAACAGCAGUCAUCCGCCAUGGUCACUGCCAACAGCAAUGGUGCCCGCGCGGGGCUUCAUCCCGACAACCAGCCUCUGCCGUCGAUACGCUUCACGCCCUACAUAGACCUCCGCUCGAACCGCGAGUCCCUGCACUUUGCUCCGAUCGAACGCUGCCUGCGACAGAAGGACGAACACAUUCGAGUCGGCCGUGCCAGCGAACGCGACGCCAACAACCCUCACGCUCCCGUCGGCUUCAGUUCGAAGGUGGUGUCGAGGCGGCACUGCGAGUUCUGGUGCGACAACGGUCAGUGGUUCGUUAAGGAUGUUAAGAGCUCCAGCGGCACGUUCCUGAACCACAUUCGACUGUCGGCACCUGGCAUGGAGAGCAAGGCCUAUCCCCUCAACGACGGCGACAUACUGCAGUUGGGAAUAGAUUUCAAGGGCGGUGAGGAGCAGAUCUUCAGAUGCGUCAAGAUACGGGUCGAGUUGAACCGGGCAUGGCAGAAGGCUCUGAAUAACUUCAA